AUGGUGUUGGCCCAAGCGCGUCCAGGGGAGACCAGGCACCUCCUGAGCGUCGAGCAUAGCCUCCAAGAACUUCAGGCCCAGAUAGUCGAAUACCAGCAGGAGCUCGCAUCACUUCAACGUAAUGCGCAGCCUCUCGACCAGACUGUCGCCAGUUCCAGGGUCGCGCCUUUCAAGAUUAUGAAGUCGGCCUUCGAUCGUGUUUUCCAAGAAACUCCGUUCAUGCCUGCCUCAUCUUCAGUGCUGCCGGCCCUGCUCUCUCUCCGCCAGGCACAUCAAACCGUUGACGAGUCGAGAGCAUAUAUUGCUACACAAGAGAUAUCCAUCGAGAAGGCUCACAACCAGCUCCUAGCCGAAAAGGCCAGUCUGAACGAUCAGCAACAGCUGACUGCAAGCUUGGAAAAGCGCAUUGAGUCACUCAACGAGGAGCUCAACAACCACAUGGACACGGACCCGGGGGAUGCAGCCAGGGAAAGGAUGAAGGAGUUGAGGCAGAAGCAGAAGCAGUAUGCACGAGAGACGUCACGGUUGCUGAAAGACCUCAAUAAGUUCAUCGAUGAACAUUUGGCCUCUCAACUCGCUGCCGAAGACCUUGGAGGACCCGUCGUUGGAGACAUGAUGGAUGUCGACGUCCAAGACCUUGCCGCAGGCUUCAACGCGCAGGGCCGCCCCAAGAAGCUCAAGGCUACAAAUGCCGACGACGGGGGCAAGCGGCAGCGACGGCUAGAAGAAGUCUGGGGUGCUGCUAUUGCCGCCGACCAAGGAGGGAACGAUGUUCCUAACGAGACUGCCGCUGCCGGACGGGAGAUGCGGGAGCUAACUGAAGAACUCCUCAACCAACUCGUCGAGUCGGGCGGCGAUGGCACGGCGGCAUAUGUCAAAGUGGCCAGAGACACUGCGGCUGCACGCUUUUUGGUUCGAUCGAAAGUCGCGCAACUUCACCCGCGCGACGCAACCAGGAUUCGGUUAAUCGACUUUGGAAAGGAACUGGACGACUGA